GUAUAAGAGUUUCACUUUGGAGGAGGACAGUAGAGAGGGAGGACUGGAAGAGUACAGAAGGACCCGUCUGAAACCUAACACCCUGCGUGGUAUUUACCAACACCAGGCUUCUGUUGGCCAAGUCGUUUCCAGCGGAUCUCGUCUACCUUGCCUGACAUUGAGCACUAAAUGCACAGAGGAGCCGCCAAGCUUGGACCUGGGAUCGAACGUGGAGAAAAAAAGGCACCAACGAACGCGCAGUGACCAAAAAAGCGCACAGGCUGUGGCCGUUGCCUUCCUCAAUGCAUACCCUUUGUGCCCGGGGAACCAUGAAACCAGAGAUCAACGCCGCCGUCGGAUUUCUGUCGAGAUUUCUGCGGGUAAAAGGACACGUAAACGAUCGGCAGGUCCAAACGUUCAGCCAGAGCCUGCACGACAUUUUGUCAGAACAAUACAAGCACCACUGGUUCCCAGACCGUCCCUGCAAAGGUUCAGGUUACCGCUGCAUCCGCAUCAACCACAAGAUGGACCCGUUGGUGGGGCAGGCGGGCCAGCGCAUCGGCCUGACAAUCCAGCAACUCUACCUUCUGCUGCCCAGUGAGCUCACACUGUGGGUGGACCCCUUUGAGGUGUCCUAUCGCAUCGGCGAGGACGGCUCCAUCUGCGUCCUGUACGAGUCGCAGCCCAUUCCGGCGGCCAUGCCGGGAACGGCCGUGGCCAACUCGCCCUCAGGAAGCGGCAGUUCGGUGAGCACCAUGGUGGACAGUCACAUCAGCUGCAAGGAGGAACUGAUGGUGCUGGGCAGAACCAGUCCCUCCAAAGCCUACAACAUGAUGACUGUGUCCAGUUAAAGGGGGCACGCAGUCAGCCGGGCCUACUUCUCAUUCAGGGUCAUACCUUGGCUGGUUGGAUGAAUUUGACCGGAUCAGGGCGAGCCUUUUUAAAAGCUAAGAAUAUGAAAUUAAAUAUUGAAAGAGGAAAAAAAGCAAAAGAAAAAGCAGAGGAUCCCUAUCAUCCAGGUGAUGGAAACCUUGUAGGUUUGAUAACCCCACCCUCACCCCCAUUGUCAUCUGUUUUGUUGUGUCAUUGGAUCAGCUGGGUACUCCCAUUUUUAGGAGAGGCUUUGUGGAGAUGGAACUGUUGGGGCAGCUACACCACCCGACCAACCCCCCAACACCUCGACUGUAAACAUGAUGAUCAGCUUCAACCCUGAAGGGGCUGUCAGCAUUGACUUUGCACUUUUCUUAAUCGUGGUUACUAUGGGUACAUGCUAAAUUCACCACACCAAAAACGCCAAAAUGUACGGACUUCCCCCUUGAUAUUCAAAGUUUUGAGGACAUUUAGUUGUGGAGGAAGUUGAGGGUUUAUCAAGUCGUGGUAAAGAUGGUGGCUAUUUUUUGUCAAAUUUGCUUUUGGACCACAUCUUUACCUCCAAGCGACUGGAGCCAACACCCUUGAUGUCCCCCUAUCAAUUCAACUCUAGGCCUGUUUGUUAGUGCAAACGUUUGCGACACCUGUUACCUAUGGAUACCAGUGUGUCUGCUGUACCCCCACUUCAACCAUGUAGCUUUCCGGGGGAGGGCGGAGACUCCCUUCCCUCCCCUUCAAUUUAAUGAAUGUUGUUGAAAUCCACAAUCAAGUUGCCCCCCUUUUCCUUCACCACCCUACUCCUGUAUCGCCAAAAUUCAAAGUGUAGCAAAGAGGGAGGAGCCAAUUCUACCCAAAUUUGUUAGAAUUGACAUUGAAUGCACUUUGACAUUAGAUUGUGUGGGAUGUGUACUUCUGUUUUGUUUUUUGUUUUUUUAGAGCAAAUUGCCUGCAUUCCAUCCAUUCGAAUGUCAUCUUUUUCAUCAUUUUGCCCUCCUCAUCUGUUUUUGUUCAUACUGUAGCUCCCGUGUUGCAAUAGACGGCUGUUUAUCAAAUCAGGAGCGUGCGACUCUGGAUUCAACUUUUUUUUUUUUUUUUAACACUGUAUUUGUGAACAUUUCAGAGCUUUUCAUUUGAGGCUACGUUCACACUUGUGGUUCGGUACUCUGGUCCACAUCGGAUGAUUGGUGCGCACUUUGGAGUAGUUACAGUAGCUUAGCGUUUUUGUUAUGGGACCAAAGGCGCAGUUCCUAACAUAUGCAUAGGAUGGACUUGAUUGGGCAGUGUUCGUGACAUAUUACAUGACGUAACUCAAAUAUUCCAAACCAAAAUGCCACCUGCUGUAUGGAAUAUGUAGGUUAUUCUCAUGUUCUGCAACAUUUACUCGCAUAGAUUUAACAAAAAGCUUCUAAAAUAUACUUUUAAGAGCACCAUUUCACAUAGGGUGGAGAGACAGCACUUCCAACGUAUUUUCACUUACAAAUUUGUCAUUUCUGCAUGCGUUAGGCUGGUCCGUGUAGUUGGGCCCUGUAGCAUUCACAUUUGAGCUCAAGUGAACCAAACCGCACCAGACUUCACUUGCAAGCAGACCAAGAGCCAUCUCUCAAGCGGUCUCGACCCACUUGUUCAGUGCCCAUCAAGGUUUGGAUCAUGUGUUCACACCUGACUGAACGAACGGCGCUAGCAGAGGCACCAGAGUUUGUUUUAACCGAACCAAAGUGUGAACGCAUCCCUCAGAUGUUUGUUGGUGGUAUGCGAGAAGUAGUCACAUUCAUACGUCACUGUUCAUGAAGUUGACAGAGGUUUAUCUCCAAAGGGUCUGGACUAAGUGAUGGCUGUGUAAGGCAUGGAGCACUGACUGUUUCAACAUUCAUUGUAACUUGAAUUUGUAAAGCAACACACCAGGCCUCGUCAGCCUCUCGUUUCACUUCUAUCUCCAAGGUCUUUUAAAAGGGAACUCCUUUUCAAAGCUUUGGAGGUGCAUUGCCUUACCUCUCGUCAUGAAUUAUGAGCCAUUCGUGAUUUCAAAGUGACACCACACAGCAUGGUGGUCUCUACUGCCCGCACAGCCCAGCCUGGCAGCUUCGCCCAACCCCUUGUCCGAGUUUUGAGUGCCUCAAGUGCCACAUAUCACCCCUCAGCUCAGACCCUCAAAGCCAGCACACUGCUAGCCAAACCUCCCGCCUCUCGUGGAUGCAGGUAGACUUAAUGUGACACAUAUCAUCAUCCGUCACCCACGGGGGAGGAAGGCCGGGAGGGGGGUGUUGUUUUGUGAUAGAGGAGGAGGGCAGGGCCAGGGCCGGACUUUUGUCCAGGGCAGCUAAAAUUCCUCCGGCCCUCCCCGCUCCAGACUUAUUCAGCAUCCCGAACAGGAAGCCUUCCACCGUCCCUCAGCGGUGACGGACAAAUAAACCAGCACGCACACACACGCAAUGGCGAGCUCACGCUGCACUAAAAGUGAGAGCGGGUGGUGGGCAGGGGGAGGGUUCUAGAAACUCAAAAGAAGGAAGAUGAAUAAUUGAGGGUACCAUACUGUUGUCUAGUUUUCAUCUCACUGGAUUGCGCUGCAUUUAAUUACUGAGUAGCAUCUUUGUUUACAUGCCUAUGAAAGGAUGUGAUGGCUGACCACCUCAACCCCGGGGCCAGGCUCUGGGAGCAGAUGCUGUGGGCGGCUACAGGCUGUAGCUGCAGGCCAAGUCUGUCAGUUGCUGGUCCGGGUGUUGAAAGCUCUCCUAAGCCUGAGUGGAUCAUGGGUAAUGGAGCUAUAGCCUUUAACGCACUGCACCCCCCCCCCCCUGAAAAAUAGCACGAUUCAAUGUGCGGUUGGGAUGGGAGUUUUAGUGUCCACUUGUUUUCCAUCACAUCGCCUUUCCACUUUGUCACAACGUUAUGAGAAGUCUCACUCUGGUCGUAAUUUAUGGUCACACUGGUAGUUCUUUCCCUCCCUGCCGCAGCUUCUCCACUUACUAAUUUGUAAUAUGCAACUCUAGAACAGACCCCAAAAUUGACACACACAAAAAAAGACCAAAUCCCCUUUGAUGCCUUCUCAACGCCUAUACCGUCACCAACUGAAAAAAUGGCUUACGUCCUCAGUAUGAUUCAAAUGGCAUCCAUUCACGCUUGUGCGCACAUAGCUUAAGGAGUGCUUUGAGUUUAAAAAAAAAAAAGUCAGAGGUAAAAUAGCACAUAAAAUGCACUAAAAUGUCAAGUUUUUCUUCUGGAGAUGCGAGGAGUCUCUCCUGGAAUGUAUUGCCAAACUCAGGCCUGGGACAUUCAAUAAUAAAGACUUACUGAAAGCUUGUUAAGUGUGUUAAGACGUGACACAGGAAGGGAACAGCGGUUUUGUUGUUGUUGUCGUCAAUAUUGUCAUCAACUAGUUGAAUUAUUGCCACUUUCACAUACGAUGGUGUUUUACAUAUUGUAGAAUGUAUUGUAACUGUACAAGCAAUGGUAGAGUGCAUAACAUUACACAUGGGAAGUGCCAAUAAUUGCUAUCCUUGAGGUGUUUUUUUCCUUUUUUGUACGUCAUCUUUUAACAUGGGUAACACUUUUUUUUGUAAGUGAAGCCAUUUUUGAAGGGAGUGUUGGCAAGGACCAAAGUUGUUUUGGUUUAAAAAAAAAUUAGCUUCCAUGAUCUGUAAUCAUAGACGUAUCCUUGUUUUUUUAAUUUGUUUUUUUUCCCUCCUUUUUUCUAUUUACUUACAAAAGCAGAAAAUAGACAAAAAAAUCUGAGCUUACCCAAGAAGAAAAGCUUGUGAUCUCAUGUUAUCGUGUUGAGUUUAUUAUUUUUUUCCUUGGGUAUGUUGUGAUGAACUGCUGUAAAUUUGUACAGUUCAUGUAAAUUGAUUGUGCGGAAGUUGUACAGAUUUCUAUAUUUUGGAAGAAAAAGUUUUUUUUCUCUGUAAUAAAAGAUUUCCUAUCUUGGCAUCAUA